GCGGGCAGGACAUGGAGGAGACGCCGCACAGGCCCGUCUGAGCAAACAUUCAAUAUAUAAAGAAAACACUUUUUAUGUGCACCUUCCACGGGAGACACACAAAGAGACCGACGCGGAGGUCCGGGGAACAACCGCGGAAGUGAGAGGAAAGAGGUGGGGGUGGGGGGGGGGACACGGCUACUGACCCAUCCCGGAGCUUCGGGGGUGAGAAGCGGGGCGAGGACGGCGAGGAGAAGACGGAGAAACAUUUCCGCUCGCCCCGAUGGACUGAGGCCAGAUGAAUGAAGACCGCCUACACGAACGCCUAUAGAUGCCUGGCCAAGGAUCUGGACGCUUACGCCAUGAACACGGACAUGACGAUGGACGGCAUCGGCGGGAUGGCGGUGGCCCCUGACGUGGAGCUGAUGAGCGGCCACAGCCCGCAUCACGGCCGCGGGGGAAGCUCCUCCGGGGCGGCGGCGGCGGCGGCGGCCCUGCGGAUCCACCAGGACCUGGCGUCCCGCUCGGCCAUGGUGUCCGGCAUGGCCGGCAUACUGGACGGCGGCGGCGGCGGAGGCGGAGAGUACCGGCCGGACCUGUCCCUGCCGCUGCACCACGCCAUGAGCGUCCCCUGCGACACGUCCUCGCCCGGGAUGGGGAUGAGCGGCACCUACACCACCUUGACCCCGCUCCAGCCGCUGCCUCCCAUCUCCACCGUGUCCGACAAGUUCCACCACCACCACCACCACCACCACCAGCGGCUCACCGGGAACGUCAGCGGGAGCUUCACCCUGAUGCGGGACGAGCGGGGACUACCGGGCAUGAACAACCUCUACAGCCCCUACCACAAGGACCACAUGUCCGGGAUGGGUCAGAGCCUGUCCCCGGUGCUGGGCCCCCUCCACAACACCCAGCAGGGUCUCCACAACUACGGCGCCUGCACCACGCACGGAGGCCACGACAAGAUGCUCAACUUCGACCACACCGCCUCCAUGCUCACCAGAGGGGACCACCACCAGCACCGGGGCCUGGCCGGGCCGGGGAGCGGGAUGAUGCCUCACCUGAACGGGAUGCAUCACCCGGGACACCCCGUGUCCUCCACGGGCCACCACCCCCACCCUCACCUCCAUUCUCCAUCCCACGGGCCGGUGUUGGCGUCCACCCGGGAAAGACCGCCCUCCUCCUCCGGGACGCAAGGGGUGAACAGUUCGGGCCAGCUGGAGGAGAUCAACACCAAGGAGGUGGCGCAGAGGAUCACGGCUGAGCUGAAAAGGUACAGCAUCCCUCAGGCCAUCUUCGCCCAGAGGGUGCUGUGUCGCUCCCAAGGGACUCUCUCGGACCUGCUGAGGAACCCCAAGCCCUGGAGUAAGCUAAAGUCAGGCCGGGAGACCUUCAGGAGGAUGUGGAAGUGGCUGCAGGAGCCUGAGUUCCAGAGGAUGUCAGCUCUCAGACUGGCAGACCAGGGCUAUUCGACCGGUGGCCAGGGGACCAAUGAUGACGAUAAUGACACCAGACCGGCCCAUCAGUUCACAUGCAAACGGAAGGAACAGGACACAGCGAAGGACCGCAACACACCAAAGAAAUCUCGGCUGGUCUUCACCGACCUGCAGAGGCGCACCCUGCUGGCCAUUUUCAAGGAAAACAAGAGGCCUUCCAAGGAGAUGCAGCUCACCAUUUCACAGCAGUUAGGCCUCGAACUCACCACUGUCAGCAACUUCUUCAUGAACGCCCGCCGCCGGAGCCUGGACAAAUGGACAGACGACGGAUCCAGUCCCGGCGGCCAAUCUUCGGCGUCCAGCACUUGUACCAAAGCCUGAUGAUAUGUGGAUGAGAUGACAGCGAAGGGGUUAGGGUAGGGGGCAUAGGUACAGGUUUAGCCUGAUCUCCCAAGCAUAGCGAGAAACCAAACGUUUUACAUGUUUUUUGUUUUUGAGAGGGGCUGCUCACUGUGACCGCUUAUUUUUAGCCAAACCGCCUUUUUCAAACUCAUCAUGACUCCAUCUACAAGCUGAAGAAUGAUCUCUUCCUAAGAAGAAACAAAAAUAUCGUUGCUGGGACAAGAAACCGAUACACUAGCACGAAAACCAAAGACGAGAGGACGAUAUAUGUUUUCUAUUAUGCAAUAUAAGCUAGGAACCAACCAAUGAAAGCUUUAUAACGACAGAAUGUGCUUAGAAUCAAAGUGAGAAUUACCUCCAAUUCAUUUUGGAGCAAACCAAAGAAGUUGUCCUGACAACACCACAGUGAGUGACCUAGUUCCUUGACCACGGAAGUAAGCGUUUUUGGCAAACUCAAAAGGUUUCCCUGGGUUCAUCUGACCCUCAGCUUCACAUACGGCGACAGAGAACCAAAGUCAUUUCUCCUUGUGCUUUCGCAGUUUCGAGCAUCUUUUAAAGCGACAGUCAUACCAAUGUCAGAAAGCAGAGAAUGAUUAGGAAAUGGCUAAAUAUGCAAGCACAAACACACAUGAAACCUUCCUCACAUUUCGAGCCAACAUGUAGAACUGCAAGUUUGCAGCGGAUACGAAUACUGUAAUGUAUGUGAGCACAACGUCGAAGCACAUUUUCUUUGCAAUAGAACCGGGGCUCACCUCCAAGCCGAGUGGUUUUCACAUCUUAGGAAACUCAGGAUGCCAUCUUUUCUAAACAGUGGCUGAAAUCCACUCUGCGUUCUACAGUCAUCGAGUCAUACACAACGUACACGCUUACAGUCAUUUCCCUAAAUGCUUUUUACGCAAUGACAGACAUGGUCAAGCUAAGCCAUCUUUUUCCUUUCCACGCAUUAGCAGUAGCACAAUCGUAAACUAGGACAAACAGACCUGUAAAGGCAGUCACACCGUCACUCAUAUCGUUGAGAUUUUAGCUAUUAGUCGCGUAAAGCCGUAAAGAACCAUCGUCCAGGCAAAUGGUUCUUGGAAAAAGUACAUAUACAAGCAUUAUCCUGUAUGUUUGAUUGCCCUUAAAGACAGCGGUACACUUAAGGGCUAUCAAAUAUUCUACUUCUUCCUUUUUGGUGUAAGCGUUAAUGCCUUUUUGGAAGACUGCCAUCCAAACACCACAGAGACCAGCAGCCCAUUUGAUCCCACGGGGAGCCGACCUGCUCAGGCGAAUCAGGGCCUUUGUAAUAGUAAAAGAGGACAAUCUAAAGACGAUGCCUGGCAAGUCCGUCUCUUACAGCGGGUCACUGGGCUGUAAAACAAUAGGACAAGUCAUAACGCCACAAACAAAUCGUGUGGAGUUCUAAAGACUUCAAAUCAUCAACAUGUGAGAUACAAUUUGUUUGCCGGUUAACUUGUCUUUGCGUUUAUUCAAAAGGUCACCCCAGCAAUCGCAGAUUAGGAAAUUCCAUGUAACAGCCUUUCCCAUACCAUGCAAAUACUAACACCCAGCAGCACCUAACCAUGUUCCACUACACAAUCCCCUCAUCAAUCAUCCCUCACACGAGCUAUCAAACCAAAAAAAAAAGCAACCAAACCAAAGCAAAAGGCGCCAGUCAGCAGCCCCUCCUCCUUUAGAAGACCCAGGCUGAGUCCCAGCCUGGUUAGAAGCAAGCCAAAGGCUCCAGAACGAUUUAAAAUGGACACUUAUGACUUUUUCUAUUUAUUGACAAAUCGAAACCAAAGAAAACCCUUUUUCUGCACCUAACUGUUCCGACAAGCGAACCGAAGAUGGAAGAGAAUUACUACCAAAAACAGACAAAAAGAUUUUUUUAAAAUGUUCAAAAAAAAAAUAAAAAAAAAUAAAAAAAGAGCGGAGGCGGAAAUGUCAAGGACUGAGGACGACAUCGCGAGGAAGAGGAACAGACGACAUCAGGAAAAGUAGCUUUGUUCUGGCCGAGAUCGCGUCAGGUCUGGCCAAGUCUUGGGACUGAAAAGGGUAAAAACCACACGAGAAAGACGGAAGGAUGUUCUUCCCUUUCCGGCCCGGAACUUUAAUGUGUCUCUCACGGUUAAAGAGUGUCUUUAACGUGUGCCUAUGCAGUUUUUCAAAGAACAAAAAACAUGGUUAAAUCGAAACGAACAACAGAAACCUCAUCAGCUAACAAACCAAAGAUUCACUGUUGACUCCAGUAGCAGUUCUCCUCCUCUUGGAAAGGAAAAUCAGCUUCCCGAACCGCUGAAGGUUGGUUGUACGCACCGCUCGACCGAUUUCUUCCAUUUCAUAUUCUACAAACCCAAAAAUGUCUGAGUUUGUGCUAAGACAAUUAGUCAUAAAAGUAGGUUAAAAGCGAUAGCUAGCUAGCAAGUAUGUGGGUUCAAUCUUUCUGGAGAUUGAUUUAUUCUUAAAAAGUUAGCAUUAUUUUUUACAAAUCAUGCGAAUAACCACAAAUAAAGAAUUAUUUCAGCUGUUUGCCUUAGCCGUUAGCUUCUUCACAAGGCAUGUUUACCCCCAGGCUGCGACGCGGACUAUUUACCGUAUUAAUUUGAGCAAUUGGCAGCUCAACAAUUAGCCGUAAUAAAAGUAAGGUAAAAGCAACAGCUAGCAAGUACAUGGGUUCAAUUCUUUCUGGAGAUUGAUUUAUUUUUAAUAGGUAGCAUUUAUUGGACAAUAACCACAAAAGGAUUUUUUCAGCCAUUAACCUUAGCAGUUAGCUUCUUUACAAGGUAUGUUUACCUCCAAGCUCCCAGGCUCCGACGCGCACUAAUUACCGUGUUAAUUUUAGAAAUUGGUAGCUCAACAAUCAGCCGUAAUAAAAGUAGGGUAAAAGCGAUAGCUAGCUAGCAAGUACGUGGGUUCAAUUCUUUCUGGAGAUUGAUUUAUUUUUAAUAGGUAGCAUUUUUUUAGAAUUACCACAAUUCACCCAUCAGUCUUAGCCGUUAGCUCCUUCACAAGGCACGUCGACCUCCAAGUUUUCAGGCACCGACGCAGACUAUUUACCGUAUUCAUUUGAGGAAUUGGCAGCUCAAAAACAAAAACAUUGCUAACUGACUACAUUGCUUCCCUCGUUCAUGUUUUGCUUCCAUUGAGUCAGCCACGAAACGUUGACGUUUCUUCUGACUUGUCGCUAAUCUACCGCACAGUCUACAGCUAAAAGAGCGACAAUUAAAACGCUAUUUUAAGUGUGUCGUUCACACCAAAGACCGUUUUAUUGUAUUAGUACACUUAGGCCCCGUUUACACUAAGAUUAUCCAGGGUAAAUCCCACCUAGCUUUAUCCUUGUCCAGACACACAAUGGUCGAUUAAGAUUCCUCCGUCAGCCGGCACAACGCAACCUAAUACACAUGCGUGGAAAAUGCAAACGUCGUAGUCACCUCCAGUGUUGCUUUGUGUGCGAGUUCUUGAAUUUAACUUAACUGAAUAUCCAGUGUUGUGGUAUUUCAAUUAACUGGGGCACUAUUGGAGUCAAUCACGCCUGAGCCAUCGUAAAUCAAUCAAAUCUUUAUUGGACACGAAAGUACUGACCCGGACAUUCGAAAGUUCUCUCGCCGUCCGAGAAGUGUUGUAUCCCAAAUAGCUGCAAUGGCUUUCUCUUAAGGUACUCAUGUGUGAUUUCCACGAGCGUCUGUACAUGUCACGCCUGAGCCAUCAUAAACUUAAUCAAAUUUUUAUUGGACAGGAAAGUACACAAUGUGACAAAGAACAUUUGACAAUAAUCAAUCAAGGGAUCUAGAUAUCUGGUCAGGACGCCUUCACCUUCAUUGUUUAAUCGUUUUUGGUGACUUUGUAUACUCUGGACCUAAACGUCGACUCCACGACAUACAUGGCGGAUAAAAACUGAUAGUCUGCUCUGCCAGUCCAAACUCGACAUUUUCUGUAGUCUUGUAAUACAAAGCACACGCUACUUUUUUUAUAUUUAGUUAUUUUUUCUAAAUCAGAUCCACGGGAGCCCGCAUUCUCGUUGACUUUCCUUGCACAAAGGGAUGAAGGUUUUCGGUAAGUAGAAUCACACCUGAGCCAUCAUAAAUUAAUCAAAUUUUUAUUGGUCAGGAAAGUACACAAAGUGACAAAUCUAGGGCUCUAAAUAUCUGGUCAGGACGCCUUCACCUUCAUUGUUUAAUCGUUUUUGGUGACUUUACAUACUCUGGACCUAGAUAUUGAGUCCACGACAUACAUGGCGGACAAUAACUGAUAGUCUGCUCUGCCAGUCCAAACACAUUCGCCAUUUUCCGUAGUCUUGUAAUAUCACAUCCGCAGGAGCCCGCAUUCUCGUUGACUUUCCUUCGACACAUGGACAAAGUUUUUCGGUAAGUAGAAUCACAGCUGACCCGGACAUUUGUAAGUUCUCUCGCCGUCCGAGAAGUGUUGUAUCCCAAAUAGCUGCAAUGGCUUUCUCUUAAGGUAUUCAUGUGUGAUUUCCACGAGUGUCACGCCUGAGCCAUCAUAAAUUAAUCACAUUUUUAUUGGACAGGAAAGUACACAAAGUGACAAAGAACAUUUGACAACAAUCAAUCUAGGGAUCUAAAUAUCUGGUCAGGACGCCUUCACCUUCAUUGUGUAAUCGUUUUUGGUGAUUUUACAUACUCUGGACCUAGAUGUUGAGUCCACAACAUACAUGGCAGACAAUAACUGAUAGUCUGCUCUGCCAGUCCAAACACAUUUGUCAUUUUCCGUAGUCUUGUAAUAUCACAUCCACAGGAGCCCGCAUUCUCCUUGACUUUCCUUCGACAAAUGGAUCAAUCAAUGUUUACUUAUAUAGCCCUAAAUCACUAGUGUCUCAAAGGGCUGCACAAGCCACAACACAAACCACUACGACAUCCUCGGUAGGCCCACAUAAGGGCAAGGAAACUAAAGUUUUUCGUUAAGUAGAAUCACAGCUGACCCAAACAUUCGAAAGUUCUCUCACCGUCCGAGAAGUGUUGUAUCCCAAAUAGCUGCAAUGGCUUUUUCUUAAGGUAUUCAUGUGUGAUUUCCAGAACCGUCUGUACAUGUCUGGAUGACUCGCCUCCAUAUUUCCGAAUUCCGAAAUUGCAUUUUUAUGAAGCAGCUGUUGCGCGUUCUGACUUGACUUCUGGAGUGGGGCGCGGUCUCUCUGGCGUGGCUUUCUCUUUGAACUCAGCUUGUGAACGAUCAAUGAGUCCAUACAAAGCUAAGAAUCGGAUAUUCAAGAAAUGUACAGCGCACUUACCCGUGUAAAAAAUGUGAACCUUAAACGUGGUUUGGUGUGGCUGAAACGGGGUUUAGGUUAGAUGGUUAUUCCUUUAAGGGGUUAUCCGGCUUAGUGUAGACAGACUAAAAAAUGCGGGUGUAGUUGAUUAGCAUAAUGUAGGUAGCUUGUUAGCGCCAAAACUCACGAGGCACAGUCGCUGGAUCUUCAAGAGGAGGAGAACUCUGCUGCCUUUCCGUGGUCUACCACAACAGUUCAUGAACGCAACAUGACACAAGUUCACUGAGAGAAACUGCUCAAAUAUCGGUCAAAUAGCUUUAACCUUCAUUUUUUCUCUCUAUUUCUGUAUGUACAGCUUCUAGUCCAAAGAGAUAGGGCCACCCGCCUUGUUGACCACGGCCAGUGGAGGCGAAGUGGCGGCCAUUUUCCUUUUCUGACUGGAAAAUACCAUAUGAAACCAAAAAAAAAAAAAAAAAAAAUGUUCCAAAGAGGUUUUCAUUGCUUGUUUGCUCCAAGUACUUAAAAAUGAUUUGCCAAUAAUCACGUGGAGUAUUAUUACCACUACAUUCCUACUUGUUAUGUUUGGCUGAUGUCUUUUUAUUUAUGUUUUAAUCGUAAUUAAUUUAAGCGAACAAAUUUUGUUGCCAAAUCUCCCCGAACCUUUUACCCUUUUGAUGAAGUUUAGCUUUGCCAAAGUUUACAUCAUUUUUUUUUUCUUUUUCCAUUUGAUGCUGUAUUUAUUUAUGAAGUGUUUAGAACACUCUAGGUUUGUACUUGACCAUAAUUUAAUGCUAUUUAAUUAGAUGUAAUUGUUUUUAAUGAAUAUUUAUGUAUUUAAGAAUGUUAGUUGCAUCAAAGAUGCAGUGCUUACGCCUUUUUAAAUUAUUCCUAGUUAGCAAAUAAAAACAAAUGUUUUAAUAACCGCUUACAGUAGACUUAAUGACAGAACAAUGUAGAAAUGUCAACGUAGAUUUACAAACCUUUUGAAUGUCCACACUUCUGCACCACGUCUAGUAUUCUUUGUCAUUUUCCAUAGGAGCCCAACAAUGAUGAGCACUGCAUCCGGUUUUUUUCUGUCUGCUAAUUUAUUGCUUGAUUUUGAAUUUCUUUUGCAUUUUGCUGAUCAUUGUUGUAAAGGCCAUGAAUUUCAGGCUGAUGUUUUUGACGG